CCUCUGCAGACGUCGUCGUUUGGUUGAAUUUCUUUUUUACUUCCCAGCCGAAGUUCCUCCUACGACAUCGUUUUCGCUCCCAUACUUGUCUCCGUUUGUUUCUUUUUUCGGAACGCCGAAUUUAGUUUAGCUAUGUUUAUAGUUGAUCAAAUAUUAGAAAUGCCUUAAGUAUCAAUUAACCCUGAUGAAGAAAAUGUAAAUACUAAUUGAUCGGUAUUUCUCUACAGAUUCAUCCCAUGUCUAUUCUUGGAUCCAGCGUAACCAACGAGGUUGGAUUGCGGUUGCUUCUUUCCCCACUUGGUUCCAACAUUGUAAUUCGUACGGCAUGCUGUACUGUGGGCAUUGGUUUACCUGUAUACUCUACAUUCAAGGCAAUUGAGAGGAAAGAUCCAAAAGAGCAACAGAAAUGGCUAAUAUAUUGGGCAGCUUAUGGAUCUUUCAGCCUUGUGGAAGUGUUUGCAGACAAGUUUCUUCACUGGGUUCCUCUGUAUUAUCACCUGAAGUUUGCAUUUCUUGUUUGGCUUCAACUCCCAACAAUUGAUGGGGCAAAGCAUUUGUAUGAUCUCCAUCUGCGUCCAUUCUUGUCAAGGCAUCAAGCUAGACUCGAUCUAUUAACGGGCCUUGCAUAUGGCGAAAUGGUCAAACUCAUCGACGCACACCAAUCAGAAUUCCAAUUUGCUAGGACCCUGAUUGUGAAGAUUACUGGGUCAGUGGAUCAAAUAUUAAGAGGCACUGGUGAUUCAGAUCAACUGCGAGCACACAGUACUUCUGAUGAAGGGCAAACAAGGACAAUCAUGGAUGUUGAAUCUGACCUUGAUGACUGAUUGUGUAUUUUGCAGUUUUGCAAUUUUUUUUCCUUCUGUGUAGCAAUAGAAUUUCGCAUAUACUUGGGUUUUAAAAAUGACCUUUCCAUUCAUCUCCUGAAGGUCGACAACAAACCCAUCAUUUUUGUCUCGGAGUACCUUGUUCUCGCCCCCAUACCCUUUUUGUUGGGAUCUUUUUUAGGGGUUUUGCUUCUUCAUUAGCCACUUGUAUAUACUUUUUCAUCCUACGUUCGGAUCUAGAUAUUGGGGCAUUAUUCCCCUUUAAAUAAAUUUGAACGAAGUUAUAGUUCCCCAUUA